AUGUCGACAGAUCUGGGCAACAGGUCCACAAGAGAGUCCGGACCUACUAGCGAAACCCAGAGGUCAAUUAAAGACCAUGGAGAACAAAAAGCCAUGCAUCAGAUGCCAACGCCCCCUAGUUUCCCCACUGCAAGGCUCUUCAUGCUGCUAGUGUUCUACACCAUUGCAACAGUGGCCAUCGAGGCGCUACUCAUGCGAUCAAUACAAAACAAUGGAUUAGGACCAAGUGUGCCGGAACUCUAUUAUGUAUGGGCACAUGGUCCAAUUAUCGUGUUUUUAAUUGCCUGUUACUCCUGGUGUCAGGUUCAUAAUCGUAUAAUAGAAGCGGUGGCUCGUCCUCCAGAGAAAGGGUCACAUCGAGUAGCUAAACUUGUGAGACUCGGCACUUGUCUUGGUGGCGCACCGUGGAGCCUGGCAGCCAAUCUCCUAGACUCGCAGUCCGUCAACCUCGAACCUCAAACAGUCAGCCUGGUAGCUCACUCCGAGUUCUCGGGAGCCAAAUAUAAUGGUCCAGGUGUUGAUGCCAACCCUGCUUUGACUGUAGCUGGUGUUUACGGCCUCGGUCAGCCGUGGCCUGUUGGUACGACUCAUCAACACGCAUUCCCGCCUUUCAGCGCCCCUAUCUCAAGCCCAGAGAGUGGCGGUAUCAUAGCAGGCAUGGUAGAUAUGUUCACGCCUAGUCUGCAGUGUGAAGUGGCGUCGGUCGUCGGCUUGGCUCAGGAGUGCAGCUCGCACGACUGUCUCAGCCAAAAAUUGAACUUGGCUCUGAGCACCCCCAGCUGCCCCGAGUACCGUAUCGAGUCAUUCGAAAAGGCUUCCGACAGUGCGGAUAAAUACUAUGCCGACGUAUUAUCUGCUGAAUGCGCAGAUGCAGCGGACGACAUGAGGGAUCCCCAACUCAUCUUUGUCGCCGCCCGCUGGAACAACGACCAACCAACGGUUUCGUCGAUUGUCUGUAAACCUUCCUAUUUCAUGUCCUAUGGAUUUAUAGCAUUGGGCGCAGGGAAUAGCAGCGUGCUUAUGGCCGCUACUUCCAACUCCACCUAUAGCAAUGGAUCGAGACCACACCCUCAUAUUCCCGGUGUGACCCCGGCACAGCUCGCCACGGGCUUCUUGUCGACACUGAAAAACGCCCACACACCGCUACUUGAAGGCAAUUACGCUUCGGGUGGCUUUUCACGUCCGAACGGCGUGCAUGAGAGUUCAUUCUCGCGAAUUGCGAGCAUUUUAUCUCCGCAUUGGCCUGCAGAUCUCCUUGAUACCGCCAUUCUUGAAAGGGUUUCCCGUACGCUCUAUAGCUCAGUUUGCACGCAGAUAGCGAGCCAGUACUUUUUACGCGAGACACACACCGAUUUCAAAGGUGCUUUCUCUGAAGAAUUGACGCGGAUCAUAGUCAAAGAAUCUAUCGCUCGGCUGAUACAAGCUACUUUGGGGAUACUUAUUGUCCUGGUUGCGGCCAUUUUGACGUGGAGACCGUUUCCCGACAAACCUCUCGGCCAUGAUACUACAAAGGUCCAUAUGGAAGUAACGUCCAACGCUGGUUUGGAGCAGAAGGGAGCCAAAAAGUCCAGAUAG